AUUCUCGAUUCAACAGCACGAUCGUCGUCCUCCUACAUAGACACCUGCUCGAUCGAGUGAAAAAUACGAGGUAUCGGUACGAGAGACACAGUACUCGCUGGCGCCUUUUCCCGGCGAGGUCGAAACGCGCGACGCUCGCGUUCACCAGGUUGCACCAGGACGAAAUGGCGCGAUACGCCGAGGACGUGUACUAUGAAACCGCUAUCAAAUUGGCACGCGAGGCUGCCCAAAUUCUUCGAGAUUCCAUCAACAACCUCAAACAAAUCGACGAAAAAUUGGGUAAUUGGGAUCUCGUCACCGAGUACGAUCGCAAGAUAGAGAAUGUUAUCAUCGGCAAACUUAAACAAGCAUUCCCUAGCCACAAAUUCAUCGCGGAGGAGUCCACCGGCAAAGAGCUACCAGAACUGACCGAUGUUCCUACGUGGAUCAUAGAUCCCAUCGAUGGUACUACCAAUUUCGUCCACAAAUUCCCGCUCACAUGUGUGGUCAUCGGGUUAGCCGUCAAGAAGGAGGUGGUCCUCGGUAUCGUGUACAAUCCUAUUCUCGAGGAAUUGUUCACGGCUAGAAAAGGACGAGGCGCUUUCUUGAACGGGAAACCGAUUCACGUGUCCAAAGUUCAAGACUUGUCGAAAGCUCUGGUAUGCAUGGAAGCUGGCUUCAUAAAGAUAGAUAACCUACGGGAAAAGACGGUGGAGAGACUCCAAGACAUCAUUAAAGCGGCUCAGGGCAUUCGCACUCUCGGCGUGGCGGCGAUAACAUUGUGUUACAUCGCGCUGGGGAUCGUAGAAGCCUAUUACAUCGAGGGCCCCGGCAUUUCGACGUGGGACAUAGCCGCGGCGUCGCUCAUCAUUUCAGAAGCGGGAGGCGUCGUCGUGGACCGCAUAACAGGCGAACCAAUCGACAUCAUGAAGCCACGAGCGGUAGCCGCAUGCAACGAUAAAAUCGCACGCGAUAUCGUGAAGAUCAUCCGAGAGGCCGAUCAACGGGUGGACAUGAGAACGAAAUAAUAAUGUCAAUAGUUUAUAAAUAUACUCGUUUACAGAUUGGAAAAAUUGAUUCUCUGUCCUGUAAUCGAACUGUGUGACCGUAAUACGCGUAAAUUUUAUGUCACAUUAUAAAUAAGAUGAAAAUUAAAGAUUGUAUUUUCCCAAAAGAGAGAGAAAUAUAUAUCUUCACCUUCAGGUAAUACUUGUUCGACUUAUAGCUCAUUACCGGAAUCAAGUUGGCAUCUUAUAGAGAUUGUCUCGAUAGCGUAAAAUUAAAAUUAUAUAAUGCAAAUUUGCAUAAUA